GGACGCCCCUCGCAACGCCUGAAUGCGGUGGGGGAUGGUAGUGUCUGUUCGCUUGGCACCUCAAGACUACUCAUGGCGACUACAAUUGCCAUGAGCUUUUGUUGAUCGGGUUGGCCUGUCUCUGAUUCGGCUGUCAUGAAUCUGAGAGCUAAACCACAAUUAAAUAACCAAGAUGCGGCGAUACGUUCGUGUUCUAGCGUUAUGCAUAGUGUUUGCGAUUGUCUCCGUGCUGUAUGUGUUCAGCAAUCUUUCCUCUUUGGGGACCUCCGUAGCCGUUGUUGGGGGUCUCGCUUUCUCACGACCCUCUUCACUACAAAGUGACGUCGGGAAGAUAGCUAGGCGAUGGCCGGAGACAAGGGGCCCGGUGGACCUGCAGGAUUACAGGCAAGGUGCUGGUGGGGACACUGGCUCCCCCUCUACUCCCCCUACCCGUCCUCCUCCUCCUCCAUCUCCUCCUGAGAGGAGGCGCAGGCGUGAGGAGGAGCCCAUGCAUCUGGCGGUGGUGGCGUGCGGAGACCGGCAGGAGGAGACGCUGACGAUGCUCAAGUCUGUCGUGCUGCUCAGCGCAGGGCCCAUGAGCUUCCACGUCUUCGCCGAGGAGCAGCUGCACCAGGGCUUCAGAGAUGAGCUGGACUCCUGGCCCAGUCUCCACCGGUCCAAGUUUAACUACACCAUCUACCCCAUCAGCUUCCCUGGAAAGCAUCAGGAAGAGUGGAAGAAACUGUUCAAGCCCUGUGCCUCGCAGAGGCUCUUCCUGCCGAUCCUCCUGAAGGACGUGGACUCGUUGCUGUACGUGGAUACGGACACCCUGUUCCUGCGUCCGCUGGAGGACGCGUGGGCGCUGCUGUCCCGCUUCAAUGCCACGCAGCUGGCGGCCAUGUCCCCCGAGCACGAGGAGCCGCGCAUCGCCUGGUACAACCGCUUCGCCCGACACCCCUACUACGGCACCACUGGGGUCAACUCCGGGGUCAUGCUCAUGAACCUCACCAGGAUCCGCGCUGCCCUCUUCAAGAAUGACAUGACGUCCGUGGGCCUGCACUGGGGAGAGCUCCUGUUGCCGCUGUUCCACAAGUACAAACUCAACAUCACAUGGGGAGACCAAGACCUCAUCAACAUCAUCUUCCACCACAACCCUGAAAACUUGUACGUCUUCCCAUGCCAUUGGAACUUCCGGCCAGACCACUGUAUCUAUGGCAGCAAUUGUGAUGCUGCCAAACAAGAGGGCGUGUUCAUUCUCCAUGGCAACCGAGGAGUGUUCCACGACUCCCGGCAACCGGCGUUUAGAGCUAUCUACGAUGCUAUCAGAAAGCACCCUUUGGAGCAGGAUCUGGUGAGCUCACUCCUGCUUCCCUUAGAGAUCAAACUGAACCAAACCACUCACACGUACUGUGGGAAGGUCCACCACUUGUUCACACAGAACUUUGGGCCAACCUUAAUAGACCUCCAAAGAUCCAGAGACCAAGAUGGAUGACCUGAGGAGGAAGACGAGGAGAAGGAGGAAGGAGAUGAUUGUUGAUCCAUCUGUUCACCCCUAUCACAUCCAUGUCCUCCACCGUGAGAGACAUUUUUUUUUUUUUGUUACAUGACGUGGUGGAAGGUCAGUGUUCGCCAGUAAGGCAGUGUCUUUGUUUUGAGAAGAUCUGAACGGGUAUGUACUGUACGUGCACUGACAGACACAUGCAAACACACAGACGGCCACUAAUACGUAAAGAUCUGAACAAAUACUGAGAAUAGUGAGGAUGGGACUAGUCUUCUAACUGGUCUUUCAUUCAGGUGUGAUAUGAAUGAAUGUUGACGUAACAUGGACUGGUCUAUCUUAGACAUACACUUCAUGAAAAUGUGACCAGAUCAGAGUGAACAAUUAGUUUGUUGGACUGGUCAAUAUGUAUAUGUAUGUUUUUUUUAUUUUUUAUGGUGGAGCUCUCAUUAACCCUUAAGCCGGGAAUGUUGGAAAUUGAAGUAUAUCUGGGCGCAUUGAAUUAAAAAUGAAAUUUUAGAACCUUACGUUGUUACGGAACAUGAUCUUCAGUUAGAAUGUUCAAAACUCCCCUGCUGAAGGGUUAAAGUGUGAAAUGGACUCCAAAUUGGUCUUGCACUACUUAGACCCCUACAGCGGUCCUGUCGUCCUGACUAUUGCAUUGGGGUGCGAGAGGGGGCCGUUGAGACCCUGUGAAACUUGCCUCUCCACAAAGUGUGGAAAGGAUAAAGGGAAAUCUCAGUUGUCGGAAGCACACAAACACUUUUAUCUCACGAAACCGCCACCCUUUAAAAUUGAAUUGAGCUGCUUUAUUUCAAAGGUUUAGUGAAGGCCAGUCUUUUUUGACCCUUGGGACAAUGGGAAGUGUAGAAGAAUGUUAAGACAACACGAGGUUUAAAUGUUGUAUCUGUGAAACUGAUAUAUGUGCAACUGACCUCAAGAAUUAUUUUUGCAUACCUUGAGGUCUGGAUGGAUGUAGAGCCAUCCUGAGCAAUUGGAUGUUCUAUAGUAGGUUAGUGUAAUGGAGGCGAACUGAGCUAGCAUGCUAGUUGCCUGUGUAAAUCCUGUAAAAGCGUUCGACUCCCAUGCCGGUGUGUGUUGAGGUGGUAGGUUCUAGGGCCGUGAGCAGCAGACGGAUUACGACCUCUGUUACAUUAGCAAAAUGAAAAGUGCAGUGUUGAUGCAAGGGGAAGAGUAUUUCCUCCCUUGUGGGGAACAUGUUGGUUUCUCCAACCGAUUCUUGUGCCUUGCCAUGGAUGAUUAUCUGAUGUGUCGUAGGCUUUUGGUGCCAUAAACAGAGCUGGAUUAUUUUAACAUUUCUGUGCCAAAUAUUUGUCGCUUGUGACUUAAUUUUAAUACUCGUGGUUCUGUUCAGUUUAUUUUGUGACAUGGCUUUAAGAAUCCAAAGACAUUAUCCAUGAGAAAACAUCACGCAAAAAUACAAAUGUCCUGUUUGUUCAGCUUCCUGCUCAUUCAUGACUACCUCUGUUGUACACAUCUACUCAGAUGAAUAAAUGACUGUGUUGGGGAAUGGUAUUGCUAAUUAGCUUCCGCAUGGCAAAUGAAUGCAUCUACUGGUCUAGCAUACCCAUUUCCAGGACAAAUGAGCUAAUAGUGUUAAGACUGCACAGUGCUGCCUGUUGCUGCCUCUACUUUUGUGAAGAGACAGGAUUUUAUGGGAAGCGCUCUUUUCAUAAGGUGCAUCAGCUACAUGGAUGCAAACACGUUGAAAUACGCAACAAGGGUUUGAUGCGUAUUUGCGUUACAAAAUGUCCUGCCAAAUUUCUUGUGAUAUGAUGUGAGCACAAGUGCUAUGUCAUGACUUUCCAAUGGGGCCCAUCGUUUUGUGUGCCUUGCGUAGAUUAUGAGAGGGCUUUUCAAUACAUGCAUGAGUCUUGUUUACAGCCUACAACUUUACAAGCCUCAUUUACAACUGCUUCUGCGUGGCGUGCGCAGACUAUGAAACUGGCCUAGUAAUGUACUUUUUAAGUCGGUGUCCAUAAAGCAUAUAUUCAGAAAGGGUUAUAAAGCCUUCGUUCAGAAACCCUCAUGAUUUGUUGACUGCACUGAUUGUCUUAAUCAUUGUUUACCUGAUUGUUGUCAUGACUGCACUCCUAAAGUGUUCUAAUGUUCUGACGCAUGAGCCCUAACAGCUUGAAGUUUCACAAUGAUCAUCAUUAUCUAAAGGCUUGUUAUACUUUACGAUGUAUGUAAAAAAAAUUAUAAAGAAUAGAUCAAUGCAUACAUAGUGUACACACUUAAUGUGUGACAUGUUACACAUAUGCCAAAUCAUUAUGAAGCAUUAUGAAUACUUCAUACCGUAAUCCUUUAUAAAUGUCUUAAUAAUGCUUACUGGAUACUGAGUUACAAAGCUUUUUUAUCUCUAAUGUAACACAUUAAAAGUUACACGUUUUCACUUUUUGGUGAAUUGUUUUGGUAGCUGUUAGUGUGCUUCAUUGUUUUGGGGCACCACAACAAGUACUUUAUAUUUUUAAUUAUUUCCAGCUUUUUUGGAAAUGUCUUUUUGUUUUCUUUCAAAUGUAUCUUGAAAGAAAUAGUAUCUUUGUUUUAAAAGAAUUGUGUAUCAGAGUUUAGGUUAACAUGUUUUCAAAAUUAUUAUGUACA